CUAGGCAGGGCUGAUGAUGCAGGUCAGAGCUGAGAGAAGAAUGGGGCGUUGCCCAGUGGGACUGACCCCCCACCCUCACUUCUUCCUUUACCUACAUCAUGAUUUUGAUGGGUUUAUGGAUUGAUGCUAAGGUGUAGAAUAGGAAAAUAUUUCUUCUUUAUCCAGAGAUGCCUAGUUUGGUAGAUCCCUCAAUUUGCAUCAACCUCAUCCUCCCUUUAAAAUCAACCAUUUGCUCCCUUUAAAACUAUAUACCCUCUGUAGCUGUAUUUAAGUGUUUGAAGAGAUUUCUUGGCAAUGGGUAUUGGUUACUGCCUUAGAGUAUGUCAUAAUCAUCUUUCACCUAGAUUAUUGUAGUAGUCUAAUUGGUCUCCUUGCUUGAAGUUUUUCCAUCCUCUAGAAAAAGUGAUUUUUUUUCAAGCAAAAAUCUGACCAGGUCACUGCCUGACACAAUAUACUCCAGUGACUUUCUACUGCCUCUAGGAUCAUCUCAUUUGGCUCUUAAAAUUGUUUUUUUUAGUUGACUGAUGACUCUACUUUUAUCUAAGAGUAAUAUUUUCUAGUCAUUUCAUCUGGCUCCCUUCCUUUCACUCUUCCCUUAACCUUCCAGAAGGGCCUCAGUCCCACUGAAAUCUGCUGACUUUGGAUAGAGAAAGAAAAUUAGCCAACAGGAAAGUAGGAAACAUGGGGAACACUUUUUAUUUGAGUUUGGGAACUAAUGUCCCAGGAGGCUGGGAGACCCCUACAGGUCUCCCCAGGCACAGACAAUGGUUAAGUGUUCAGUAUAGAUAACCACCACUCCUACCACUGGCUCCACCCCCAAGGGACUAGUGGUCAGCCCUGACCAAUAGCUUCAGAGGUCUGGGGAGGGCAAGGGGCCAGCUGGGAGGAAAGACUGGAAAUAAAAGGCAGCCCCAGCACUACUGCUGCAUCAACCUGCUUCUGACACUUCUGUGUUGACAAGCAAGCUUACAAAGACCAACAUCAUGGUGCAUUUCACACCUGAGGAGAAGUCUGCUAUCACUUCCAUAUGGGGCAAGGUCGACGUGGAAGCAAUUGGCGGGGAAGCUUUGGGAAGGCUUCUGGUGGUCUAUCCCUGGACCCAAAGGUUCUUUGAUUCCUUUGGCAACCUAUCUUCUCCAUCUGCUAUUAUGGGCAACCCCAAAGUCAAGACCCAUGGCAAGAAGGUGCUGACCUCCCUUGGUGAUGCUGUCAAGAACCUGGACAACCUCAAGGGUACCUUCUCCAAGCUGAGUGAGCUGCACUGUGACAAACUGCAUGUAGACCCUGAGAACUUCAGGCUCCUCGGGAACGUGCUGAUUAUUGUUUUGGGUGCUGAAUUUGGCAAGGAGUUCACUCCAGAAGUGCAGGCUGCUUCGCAGAAGCUGGUGUCUGGUGUGGCCAGUGCCUUGGCCCACAAGUACCACUAAACAUAGCCCUGUCUAUGGUGGGGGCCUGUGAGCAAAUGGAGGCCCAUCUCUUGCAUGUAGGGAAGGGAGCAAGGGUUAUGUACUGCCUUGUACUCCCACCCCUUGACCAAUAAAAUACUUUUAUUCUAGCAA